CCUAUUGAAUUGAAGGGUAGUCGUAGUAUUAUCACUGACUUCGAAAAGUGCGAACGAAAUUUUUCUCAUCCAGAAAUUUACAAAAGAAAAAACUCGAUUAAAAAUGAACUGCCUCGCUCAUAUUAUUAAGUACAUUCUAUUUGUCUGUAAUUUAGUCUUUUUGAUUUGUGGUGUUCUACUCAUAGUUUUUGGAUCUCUUGCGAUAUCAAGUUUGAAAGAAUUCUUAACGUUUACUGAAGCUAAUUCAACAAGUUUUCUGCCAAUAUGCAUUUUAAUCCUUGGAUGUAUCAUAUUUCUAGUUUCAUUCCUUGGAUGUUGUGGAGCAAUAAAAGAUAGUCGAUGCCUUGUCAAUAGCUAUUGCAUUUGUAUGCUGAUUUUAUUAAUCUUACAAAUUGCAGUAAUUGUUUAUGCAUGGUUCUUCAAAAGUACAUUAUUAGACAAUAUGGGUGAAGUUGUAGAUCAUGCAUGGCAAAUUCAUGAUAGUCAGCCAGGCUUCAUGGAUUCUCUUCAAUUAAGUUAUAAAUGUUGUGGAUAUCAAAAUGGAUCUAUCGAUUAUACAGGAAAUGGUCAGUCUAUACCACCUUCGUGUUGUGGUUCCUUGACUGCUGUGUGUGACCCCAUUCAUGCUGCUACUAUGCCUGGUUGUAAAACACAGUUUUUAGACUUUUGGGGAUCGAAUACUAAUAUAAUUAAAUACGCUGGAUUAGCUGUAGCAGGUGUUGAGUGUAUUGCACUCAUACUGGGAUGGUUCCUUUCAUCGAGUAUUAAAGUAAGCCAAAAAGACAAUAGAACGCAUUAGUAAUAAUUUUGGACUGUUAAAUUAAGAUUAAGAUUAACUAAAUGUAAAAUACGAUAAAUAAAAAAUGUAAACAAAAAUUAAA